AUGCAUUUGGGUGUACACACGCGCACACGGCUGUCUGCUUUGCCCAUUGUGAACAAACCGAUUGAAGCCAGCCCUUUUCUGAUUGGUGAAGAGCAGGCUUCAUCCGGCUCUUCAGACCCGAAGAACCCUUGUGAACAGAGUAUUCGAACCAAUCAGGGUGCAGUUGAAGCAAUGUUUUUCAAUGCCCAUAUAUGGGCAUCCAUGUGUGGCCUGGCAAGCCUAUAA